AUGGAGGAGUUCAAGAAGGAACGAAAAUUUCAUGAUGCAUGGGCAUUCAUCCUGUACAUCAUCCUUACACUCACAACAAGCAUCACACUCGUGAAGGUUUCCACAGAAAUUCCACUCGAUGCAGACGUCAUCCUUCCAGCCUUGGCAGUAAAUGUUGGCAUCAUGAUUUUCAUGCUUACUCUGAUCUAUCUGGGAUUUAGAUACGCUGCUGACGGAUUGAUAUUCACUGUAAAUGUCUUGAUUCCAGUAUUGAUGCUCAUUGCAUCAAUCUUCACAAUGAAUCCGGUUCUGAUAUUCGUUGUUGCAGCAUAUGCAUGUGUCUCCUUGCUGUUCUACUUCUGGAGCAUCAAGCCAGUGCUUCCACUCAUGACCAUAUCGAUUCAGACAGGCGCAAAAAUCAUUUCUGCAAACCUGUUCAAAUGCAUUCUACUGAUCAUGCUUUCUGUAUUCCUAAUUAUAUUCCAGGGAGUUGUGUUCACCGGUGUUAUUGGAAAUGGAGACGAUGGAAUAGUCGCUUUAUCGGCUAUUAUGUUCAUACUCAACAACAUAUGGACAUUAUUCAACAUCAUGUACCUAAUGCAGACAAUAAUAUCUGGCAUAGUGGUUGGGCAUCUUUUAGAUGGUGAAGGAUCAUUUACAGAAGCAUCACACAAUGGACUAAUGGCCCUUGGAAGUAUAUCAUUUGCAGGACUUGUCAUCAGCAUCAUCAAAACAGCAAGGAUACUUGUUCAAAACAACAUGGAUAGAAACAGAGAGACUGGCGCAGGAAACAUUCUCAAUGCCAUAGCGCUUGUGAUCCUAAGCUCACUCGAAUCGCUGAUAAACACAGCGAAUGAGCUGGCAUUCCCAUACCUUGCAUUGCACGGCACAAAUUACAGAGAUUCAAUGAGUGGAGCAUUUAACUUGAUUCAGGAGAGACAAGGUGUUACGUUAUUAACUAACAUAGUGAUGGAAACAAUUGUUGUGUUCUGUUGCAUUCAGUUUGUGUAUAUCCUGAUCCAUGGAGACGUGUUAUUGUUCAAGGCAUUAGGCAUCGACAAGGUUUCUAGUUCUAUGGCUGCAACAAUUACAGCAAUUGGAUUACCAGUGAUUAUCUUUACAUACAACUUCCUUUCUGUGUUUUCAUCAUCAACACUUGCAUUGGUAUACACAUACAUUGAGUCACCAUCACUGAUUGAAAAGUCAGAGCCUGAGUUUGCAAAGGCCAUGGAAAGUGCUAAGUAA